CUUUAUUCCUGCAUUGACUUUUGCAACGUCGCAUUCUUCCAUAAAUCCCCUGGCUGUACCCCUAGACUUCGGGGGGGAAACGGAAAUAUCAUCCUUCAUCACUCUCAAAGACAUAAAGCAGAGAUAGCCUCGUAUAUACUGUGCAUACCGACGUGUCAGUAUGUCAGGGUCUCUCGACACGCUCACCAGGCCCUCCGCCUUCUUUGUACGCCAUGCGUCUCGCACAAGCACAAACACCCGCAUUCCCCCUAUCGCUCGUCGAUCUGCCUCCCCCCUCUCCUGUCGCAUGGCCAUGUUAUCGCGCGAUAAGCUUGAAAGAGAAACAGCAGCCAAGAACCCCAACCUGCGUCGUUGCUUAGGCCACCGGCGACUUCUCCGCCGGUCAAUUGAAGCUGCCCAACAGGAUAUGCGAAAGGCCAUGGCAUCAUUCAAGCUAGAAGACAGCGACGAUGAGGAUGAAAUCCUUGAGGAUGAUUACGAGCCCUCUCCCAGCCCUAUAAUUCGCGAGCAGAUCACAAGGGCUGUCAGGGCAAUGGUCAGGCGUCGUGCGGUCAGCCAAGUCUCCGAGUCCGACAAUGCCAAUACCGCGCCGCAAAUGAUGCGUGUGAGCUCCAAGAAUGAGAGCAGCUAUGACUUGUCAUUGAGACAACCCAAUGCCUAUUACAAGACUCCAUCUGUCACGACCAAACGUCGCAAACCUGCCACAAAGUUUACCUUUACCCGAUUGCUGUGGUCGUCAUCCGGCCAAUCCAUCCAAGCACUGGCCAGCUGACACCCACUGGAGGCGUGCUGGAUAGCAACAAACAUUUCUCAAUCUUACCUCAACUAAGACCUCCUCAUAACAUUAUCUCCGACGCUACCUCUGCAUUUACAACAGCGACUGCAAACCAUCCUUGAGAGCAUUAAACGUCAUGCUUAUGUUGUUCCAAAAGUUUCUAGCGCUUGCAUGUCUAUCAACUAGACCUGAAGAUAGUCGAUCCUGCUGAUGUUCCAACUGUGAUUACACACCACGACUUUACGAAGCUCUUUGUGACACUGUCUUUCCUUUCCCUAUAUAUAAUCAAGCAUUUUUCUGUUGUCACUGAUCAUGUAUAAUUAUCUUCGGUUUGAAACUGGCUUAUAGCCUUGAAUACAUACUUGGUAC